CCUUGGCUAGUGCGAAAUUGCGAACAAAACUGCGCGACGGUGACGAUUGAUUGGUCAGGUCUGGCAUAGGUCAGUCGCACAGCGGAGCUGAUCGAGUGAAGACCUGGCGCUGCAGCCCUCUAGAAUUAUAGUGAUUGUAUUUCAAACUGGUUUAUCACCAUCGUUGUUGCACGAUUGGCUACUGAUAACAAGCGGAGCACAGUUCCCUAGUGCGAGCCCCCAGCAGAGAGGACCAAAAUCAAAACCGAGAGAAGUAAAAGAAGAAGCACAUUUAAGCCAGGCACCAUUCUACACAGCUGACGCAAUAGAGUAGCAAGCGAGACGAGGACGACAACAGGUUCAAGUUUAGACUGAAUGCCAUCCAGAGAAAGGCAUCAAGCACAGCGUGGUCAGCAACGAGUGGUACCUGGUAAUUGCUUGAUGUGCAGCAAAUAGCAGAAUCAGUCCGCAAUCAGUGAAGGAGGAGUGGUGCGCUGUGAUAUUGUAGCUUGAAGCUGAUAAGGGUAUUCCAUUAUCGUACAUAUCGUAGGCAAUUCGCCUUCCCUGAGCUACCCUUGGGCGGGAAAAGAGAGUGGAAUCAACGGCUGCGGGUGAUCUUGGCGAAUUCUACAAGGCCUCUGCGCUUAUCAAGUGCCAUAUCAGAGUUGCGGGAUCGUCAAGUCUCAAGGAAACUACGCAGAACGGCCACGCACAGGUGAUACAGGAUGCACGGGAAAGGCGAAGGCAGCGGGUUCAAGACCGGGAUGAUCGACUUCACAGCGGGAUCGUUGGGUGGAGUGGCCCUGGUCUACGUCAGCCAGCCGAUGGACACGGUCAAGGUCAAAAUGCAAACCUUCCCCACUCUAUACAAAAAUAUGAUCGACUGCACGAUGCGAACAUUCAAGCGGGACGGCGUCGUACGGGGACUGUACGCCGGCACCCUACCGGCCAUCGUUGCUAACGUGGCAGAAAACUCAGUAUUAUUCGCUGCCUACGGUGCGUGUCAGAAUCUGGUGGCGGCAGUCGCUCGGAAACCAUCCAGUGAACUCUCAGCCCUCGACAAUGCGACGGCCGGUUUCCUGGCCGCGUUCUUCUCGUCUUUCACCCUCUGCCCAACGGAACUGAUCAAAUGCAAACUGCAAGCUCUGCGCGAGGUGCAGCAAAACAAUCUCAAACCGGGCGAAAAGGUACCGAAGGUGUCUCCCUUCCAGCUGACGCGACAGAUCCUACGCUCUGAAGGAAUCCCGGGCAUGUUCCGCGGGUUGACGUCGACGUUUGCCCGCGAGAUGCCGGGCUAUUUCUUCUUCUUCGGCGGAUACGAAGCAUCGAGAGACUUGAUGACGGAACCGGGACAAUCCAAGGACGACAUCGGACCCCUGAAGACGAUGGUGGCCGGAGCGGUCGGUGGGGUAGCCCUGUGGACGGCAAUCUUCCCAGCGGACGUCAUCAAGAGCAGGAUACAGGUGCAAAGUCUGAGGCUGAGCAUGACCCAGGUGGGGGUGGAGAUUUUCCGAAAAGAGGGACUGAUGGCGUUCUAUAACGGACUACAGCCGACGAUCGUGAGGACCAUUCCGGCCACGGCGGUUCUUUUUGUCGUCUACGAGUAUACCAAAAAGCUUAUGACGGAGUUGUUUGUCUAGGCUGUUGUUACUUUACUUUCUUCCAUUACUUUAUUUAGCUAGUGCAUUUUCUUUGUUUUAAAUUCCGUAAAGUGGCCUUUGUACGGGUUUAGACUUGUAAGCAAUAAAGAAUCACGAUCUUAUUGUGUAAAUAUG